AAUAAUUAUCACAGAAAAACUGAAGGCUGAUAUCCAAACAGACAUCCGAAACCGCGCGAAGCAGAAGAUGGCGAGUGUCAUCUUCUUCUUCUUCAGCUCUUUCUCCCCUUCCCAUCUCCAUUUUCCCUCACUCCUUCCCAUGCCUCCGCCAUUUAUAAGCUUCGUCAACUCUGACAAGAAGAGCUUCAGCAAUUCCCUUAACUUGGUUGAUAAAACACUAGUUGGAGCUCUUUCAGGAGUGCUCUCCUUCGGCCUUCUUCUCCAUUCCCCCUCAUCUGUUGCCUUAGAUCAUUCGGCUGUGGAUUUUUUCUCUUUAUCAUCUGAUUCUUUGCCCUCUUCUUCGCUCUUCGAUUCAUCUACGUCUUGUCUCGAUGAAGACCAGCUACAUGAAUUUGAAAGCUCUGAGACUGGGUCCCCGCCGGCGACUAACGAGGAUAUCGUCCGGGAGGCUUGGGAAAUUGUAAAUGAUAGCUUUCUAGAUGCUGGUCGCAAUCGUUGGUCCCCUGAAGCUUGGAAGCAAAGGCAAGAAGACAUUACUAAUAUUUCAAUUCAAACUCGAUCAAAGGCUCACAAUAUCAUCCGGAGAAUGCUGGCCAGUUUGGGCGAUCCUUACACGCGUUUUCUUCCCCCUGCAGAGUUCUCCAAAAUGGCGAGGUAUGACAUGACUGGUAUUGGAAUAAACCUUAGGGAAGUUCCGGAUGAUAAUGGAGGCAUGAAAAUAAAGGUACUGGGACUAUUAUUAGAUGGUCCUGCACAUUUGGCUGGCGUUAGACAGGGAGAUGAAAUUUUAGCUGUAAAUGGAGUGGAGGCGGGAGGGAAAUCAGCAUUUGAAGUAUCUUCAUUACUACAAGGCCCUAAUGAAACACUUGUGACUGUUAAGGUCAAGCAUGGUAACUGCGGACCAGUAGAAAGUAUACAAGUCCAAAGACAGGUUCUUGCUCGAACCCCUGUCUUUUACCGCCUAGAGCAAAUGGAUGCUAACUCUUCUGUUGGGUACAUUCGCCUAAAGGAAUUCAAUGCAUUGGCUAAAAAAGACUUGGUUACCGCAAUGAAGCGUCUUGAGGCCAUGGGUGCGUCAUAUUUCAUUUUGGAUCUCAGAGAUAAUCUUGGUGGACUGGUGCAGGCUGGAAUUGAAAUUGCAAAGCUAUUUCUAAAUGAAGGGAGCACGGUGAUCUAUACAGUUGGAAGAGAUCCUCAAUACCAAAAGACUGUUGUUGCAGACGCUGGACCAUUAGUUAAAGCCCCAGUUGUGGUUCUGGUGAACAAAAGAACUGCAAGUGCAAGUGAAAUUGUUGCUUCCUCGCUGCAUGAUAAUUGCAAAGCUGUUCUUGUGGGGGAAAGGACUUACGGCAAGGGUUUAAUUCAGUCAGUUUUUGAACUUCACGACGGAUCUGGUGUUGCAGUCACUGUUGGGAAGUAUGUUACCCCAAAUCACAAAGAUAUAAACGGAAAUGGAAUCGAACCCGACUUUCAAAACUUCCCAGCGUGGAGUGAUGUCACUGAACGUCUCUCACAGUGCUCCAUACUUCGUCAAGGAUAACACGGGUUUCCACGGGCGCAGUCGUUCCUCUUUCACUUGGCCUUUUCCUGCUCUUCCCUAUUUAAAGUUUCUUGAUGUGGGAUCUCUCAACUGCCGCUCAAUUUCAUGAAAGCUCAGGGCAUUAAAGUGGAUGAAAAUCUGUUUAUCCACACAUGAGUUUAUUAGGAUUUGGAACAUAUCACUCACAGUGUAGAUUCACUACAUUGAAAGGUGGCAGACAAGAACCAUGGAGAAGUUUUGCAUCUAAUAAGCCCUUCUUUUAAGCAAUUAAAGGCCAUAGGAAUAUUUUUUUUAGUGAUUCUCUUGUUGUAAAUGGUUAUUAGUGACGCUAGUCAAACUUUCUGGAACUUCAGAUUGUUUGAGAAUUCGUCAGUUUGAAGAAAUGUGCAUUUAUACUUUCUCAGUUAGAA